AUGAAAAAGCAAUCCUCUGAAAAUCUAUUGGAUUAUUGUGUUUUUUAUAAAGACAGACAACUUCCAGCUUUACAUAAAACAGAUGCUGUUAAAAGAGCAUUGAUCAUAGAUUCAUUAUCCAACUAUGAGCAUCCAUUAAAUCAGUUAAUUGAAAAAAAGCAAACUUUUGUACCUUUCCUCAAUGAAAGAGAUAGCAUGGGUAGAUUGAUAUCAAGUGAAUCUUAUCAUAGAAAAAGAAAAAGUGAUGCAUCCAGUAUCUUUAAUUCUCCAAAAAGUAGUCACAACUUUCUAAGCAAGAACUCAAUUUCAAACACAAGUAGUUUGCAUGAUAAUUAACUGCCUGCUACAAGGCUAAAAUUAAAGAAUCUUUUGGGAGGCACUCCUGAAAAUACAGAAUUAAUUCAAUCUACUUUAUUAGCUAGUUAAAGCGAAUUUAAAUAAUCAUUUCAGUUCAAUUCCAAACACAAUUAGAUCUCUACGAGAGUGCAUCGAAAGAACAAUAGUCUACAAAAUAAACUGCCUCCUUUUUUGAAAGCAUAAAAGAUCCCUGAAUUAAAAUUGGUCAAGUAACCAACUACUCCAUAAGCUACUCGAUUGUUUUAAAGUAAUUUCGUAAUCGAAAUGUUUAAUCAAAACAAAAUACCUGAGUAUAAAAUGUAAUAUGUAAUAUUAAUGGAAAGUAUGAGUAAAUUUUAAACUGAAUUACUGAAGAAUUUGACAUCAAAUGAAAGAAAAAGAACCUACGUUAAGUUGGAUAAGAAUCGAAGAUUUCAAUUAAGUCUAUUAUUACUCAUUUCUAAACCUUAAACCUAGUAUAGAAUGUUAUAAUGA